GAGUAAAGACGGAACCAUGCAGGAUUCCUGGAGAGCUUAUCCGGUACCCGGAGCUAGUCAAUCCAUAGUCAAACUUAAACCUGAAUCAGAGCUUAUUAAACAAGAAUGUCCUGAAGAAGAUUUUUACGUAAAUACAAAUAAUUCCGUUCUUAAUUUAACCUUUAUGAAUGAGUUCAGAAAUCAGAUAAAACUAUUCUAUGAAGAGGAACAGACCGUGCCGCUGGAUCUUAGUUUUACAACAGGGUCUUUCUUCAACUUUUCCGCAGAAGUUAGAUAUCAUUCUUCCCCGAGACCAGGAGAUUCUAGUCAAGCCUUCUCCUCCUCCUUCUCAUCAUCAUUUAAGAGACCAGGAGAUUCCAGUCAAUCCAGCUCCUCCUUCUCAUCAUCAUUUAUAUCCUCCUCCUCUCCUCCUGUAUCUCCUGCCUCCUCCUUCUGCUCCGACAUCUCAAUCCCUGAGAUUGAUGUUAAGAUAUUCAACACAACUCCUUCAAAGUAUCAAUGUGCAGAAUGUGGAAAAUAUUUUGCUUCAAGUUCCAACUUGUCACGACACAAACAAACCCAUAAAGCUCUAACACCUGAAAAUGCUAAAUCUUGUCAUAUUUGUAACAAGAAGUAUGUCAGCACUCCUGCUCUUUCAAUGCAUAUUCUAACCCACAACCUCUCACAUAAAUGUGAUAUUUGUGGAAAAGGAUUCUCCAGACCCUGGCUUCUACAAGGACACAUGAGAAGUCACACCGGAGACAAACCUUUUGGAUGUGCUCAAUGCGGGAAACGGUUUGCAGACAGAUCCAACUUGAGAGCCCACACGAAGACCCAUAGCAGAGAAAAGCAUUAAAUCUUCAAUAAGAACUACCUGAGUAACCACCUGCAUUAUAUUGAUAUGCCAUGAAAAGAAGAAAUAAACAAAACCAAAGAAUACUCUAGAUCAAAAUUAUAAAACUUUAAAUUUCUGAGUUAUUUUAGUCAAGCGUUGAUAUUCCGCGCAUUCUAUUAUGUAAAUAUGUUUAAUUAUAAUAAAACAAUAAGAGUGUUGA